GUGAGGCGGGCAGCGGCGGCGGAGACAGCGCGGUGGAUUCUGAGCUAGUAACAUCACCGGAUUCUUUUUUAUUUUCUUGUUUGAAAUACAUUCGAGUCUAUGUCCGAGUCUGGAUUAUCUCUCGACAUGGCCGUGACCGAGGCUGGGUGCGACCUCACCUACUGCAAAAUGAGGGGGAUUGUUGCGGUGCUCACCGCUUUCAUCAAGGAGAGGAAGAUGGGGCUGAAUGACUUCAUCCAGAAGCUGGUGUCCACCCCACAUAUCUGCCAACACGUUGAAGUCAACAACUUCCUAAAGAUUGAUGAAAAUCAGAACGAGGAGAUAGAGAACGAUUUACUUCCUGAAAGCACCAGGUGCCUGACGUCACAAAGUUCCCUGGCUGAGGAGACACAGAUCAAACCCUGUGACUUUGACUACUUGAAAAUAAUCGGCAAAGGCAGUUUUGGGAAGGUUCUACUGGCUCGACACAAGGAGUCCACCAAAUAUUACGCUGUCAAGGUGCUACAGAAGAAGAUAAUAUUGAAGAAGAAAGAGCAAAAGCAUAUCAUGGCGGAGCGCAGCGUGCUCAUGAAGAACAUCAAACACCCCUUCCUGGUCGGGCUGCACUACUCCUUCCAGACCACUGACAAACUCUACUUUGUCCUCGACUAUGUCAACGGUGGAGAGCUCUUCUACCAUCUUCAGCGGGAGAGGAUCUUCCUGGAGCCCAGGGCGAGGUUCUACUCUGCCGAAAUCGCCAGCGCGCUCGGCUACCUGCACUCUCUGCACAUUGUUUACAGAGACCUGAAGCCUGAAAACAUCCUGCUGGACUCGCAGGGCCACAUUGUCCUCACUGAUUUUGGACUCUGCAAAGAGGGACUUGAACCCAACGGCACAACCUCGACGUUUUGCGGCACACCUGAGUACUUGGCGCCUGAGGUUCUCCAGAAGCAGGCGUACGAUCGAUCAGUGGACUGGUGGUGUCUCGGGUCGGUCCUGUAUGAGAUGCUCUACGGACUUCCUCCCUUCUACAGUCGCAACACCGCAGAGAUGUACAACAACAUCCUCCACAAGGUUCCGGUCCUCAAACCAAACGUCUCCAAUUCUGGCCGAGAGCUGCUGGAGGGUCUUUUGCAGAAGGAUCGCACCAAGAGGCUGGGAUUCAGGGACGAUUUUCUGGAGCUCAAAUAUCAUUCUUUCUUCUCCCCGAUCAACUGGGACGACCUGAUGGCCAAAAAAAUAACCCCUCCCUUCAUCCCGUCUGUGAGUGGCCCCACCGACCUCCGACACUUUGACCCGGAGUUCACCCACCUGCCCGUGUCCUCCUCGCUCUGCAACGACACGCUGACGGUGACCAGCAGCAUCAAGGAAGCGGCGGGAGCGUUCCCAGGCUUUUCCUACGGACCCCCUGCAGAAAUCUCCUUCAUGUGAACACGACGGUCUGCUUCGUCUUAACCGGCCAGAGUGACCCACCAGGUCCAAUAAGAGGAUUCAGACUUGAACUAUGGUGCAGAUCUUGUGUGUAGACGGGGACUCUCAUGUUACAAACACCACUGGAUCUUACCUUCUGCUGCUCAAGACUCGUGCCAAGUGUGUUUGGGGAGGUCACACGGUGGAAUCCCUGGAUGGGCCCGGACCUCACAGCUGCUGGUGAUGUAACAUGGGGAGAAGUGCCUGAGGUUCACAAAGCAGUUUUGGAUGGCAACUUCAUAGAUAAAGCAUUUGCCGUGGAGGGUGAUGCCUUUUUUCAUCAUGUUUUUUUUUUUUUU